GGCAUACAUUUUAAAGUUUAAACCAACAAGGCUCUCAAGACUAGAGUUUCAUCAACUCAACUUGAUGAUAUGCACUCAGACCACCAUGCUUCUUUCAUUCUCAAAAAUUGCAUAGCUCUGUUACACUCAUGUGCCACUUCAACCCACAAACUCAAACAAAUUCACGCCUUUUCAAUCAAGCAUGGUGUUCCUCUCAACAAUGCAGACAUGGGGAAACACAUGUUGUUCACUCUUGUCUCCCUCGCUGCACCCAUGUCAUACGCCCACAAUAUCUUCAACCAAAUCCACUACCCAAACAUCUUUACAUGGAACACAAUGAUCCGAGGCUACGCCGAGAGCGAAAACCCGAGACCAGCUAUCGUUAUACACCGAAACAUGCGGGUGUUUGAUAUUGAACCUGACACGCAUACAUACCCCUUUGUUUUGAAAGCUAUUGCUAGGUUGAUUGAUGUUAGAGAGGGUGAGGUGGUGCAUUCGGUCACGGUUAAGAAUGGGUUCGGGUCGUUGGUGUUUGUGAAGAAUGGUUUGGUUCAUAUGUAUGCCGCCUGUGGGCAGGCUGAGAGUGCACACAAGGUGUUUGUUGAAAUGUCUGAGAGAAAUCUUGUUACGUGGAAUUCGGUGAUUAACGGGUUUUUGUUGAAUGGGCGGGUUAAUGAGAGUUUGACCCUUUAUAGGGAGAUGGUUGAGGAGGGGGUGGAGCCGGAUGGAUUUACGUUGGUUAGCUUGCUCACCGCGUGUGCGGAGCUUGGUGCGUUGGCGUUAGGUAAGAGGGUUCAUUCGUACAUGUUUAAAGUUGGACUGGCUGAGAAUUUGCAUGCUGCGAACGCCCUUUUGGAUCUUUAUGCAAAGACGGGAAACAUUGUUGACGCGCAAAAGGUUUUUGGUGAAAUGAAGGAGAACAGUGUUGUGUCGUGGACUGCGCUCAUUGUUGGUUUGGCUAUGAAUGGAUUUGGCGUCGAGGCGAUUAAUCUUUUCAAAGAACUUGAGCGAAAAAGAUUAACACCGAGUGAAAUCACUUUUGUAGGGGUGCUUUAUGCGUGUAGUCAUUGUGGAAUGGUAGAUGAAGGGUUUACGUAUUUUAAACAAAUGAAAGAAGAAUUCGGCAUUGAGCCGAGAAUAGAACAUCAUGGAUGCAUGGUUGAUUUGUUGGGGCGAUCAGGACUUGUACAACAAGCUUACGAAUACAUUCUCAACAUGCCAUUGCAACCGAAUGCGGUAAUAUGGAGAACGUUGCUUGGAGCAUGCACGAUACAUAAGCAUUCAGAUUUAGCAGAAGUUGCAAGAGCCCAACUCAUACAACUAGAACCUAAACACAGUGGAGAUUACGUAUUGCUAUCAAACCUCUAUGCUUCCGAAAGACGAUGGUUAGAUGUAUCAAAAGUGAGAAAAACAAUGCUAGAACAAGGGGUGCAAAAAUCUCCGGGCCAUAGCCUCGUUGAGUUAGGAAAUCGAGUGUAUCAGUUCACGAUGGGAGACACAUCACAUCCGCAAAGUGAAGAUAUAUACGCGAAACUGAUAGAGAUCACAAAGUUAUUGAGGUUAGAAGGUUAUGUGCCGCAUGUUGCAAACGUGCUUGCAGAUAUAGAAGAAGAGGAAAAAGAGACUGCGUUAUCGUAUCACAGUGAGAAGAUUGCUAUUGCGUUUAUGCUUAUGAAUGCACCUUCUGGAGCUCCUAUAACGGUUGUGAAGAACUUGAGGGUAUGUGCGGAUUGUCAUCUUGCAAUAAAGUUGAUUUCGAAGGUUUAUAAACGAGAAAUUGUGGUGAGAGAUCGAAGUCGGUUUCAUCAUUUUAAGGAAGGGUCUUGUACCUGCAAAGAUUACUGGUAAGCAGAAUUCAUGGAACUUCAAGAAGUUGGUCAGGUUGAUCAAGCUUCUGACUUGUGUCACAAGUCUCAAUAGUUUCAUGGGUGCUAGCAACUCCUUAUGAUGUGUAGUGGUGUUUAAAUGGAUUGAUAAGAUCAACCGUGCUUGUUUUUGACUGUCAAGAUUGAAAAUCGAGUAACACAAAUUGAGGAUUAUAAGCUAGCAGAUCGCCGUGAUUUAGGGGUGUUCAUUAUUCGGUUAUAAACCCGAUUAAACCGGAACCGGAAAAAAACGAACCGAAUUCUUAUUCGGUACGGGUUGUAACCGUAACCAGAUUCUUGGUUUUGGAGGACUGAGUUAUGUCGUUUACAGCUUUACAGUGAUUUAUAAAUUUUGUUGCAACUUUUUGUCACAAGAUAACGAAAGUGUGUGUUGAA